GGUGCGGCGCGGCGCGAAGAUGGCGGCGGAGUCGGGGCCGGACCCGGAGCUGGAGGAGCUGCUGGAGAGUGCCCUCGAUGACUUCGAGAAGGCCCGGCCCGGCCCCCCCGCCCCCCCCCCCACCACCCCACGUUCCCGGAGACCCCAAGCCGCCAAGAAAUCCCCCGGCGCCGCAGCGCAGGAGUCGCUGUUCGCCUCGCAGGAGCGCUUCUUCCAGGAGCUGUUUGAUGGGGAAUUGGCCUCGCAGGCGUCCGCUGAGUUCGAGCGCGCCAUGAAGGAGUUGGCCGAGGAGGAACCGCACCUCGUGGAGCAGUUCCAGAAGCUGUCGGAGGCGGCGGGGAGAGUGGGCGGUGACGCCGCGUCCCAGCAGGAGUUCACCUCAUGCCUGAAGGAGACACUGAGCGGCCUGGCCCGGAAUGCCACCGACCUGCAGGGCUCGGCGGCGUCGGAGGAGGAGCUGGCGAAGGCCAUGGAGGGGCUGGGGCUGGAGGAGGGCGGCGGGGAGGGCGGCGUGCUGCCCGUGGUGCAGAGCGUGCUGCAGCACCUGCUGAGCCGCGAGGUGCUCUACCCCUCGCUGAAGGAGAUCACCGAUAAGUACCCCGAGUGGCUGCAGCGGCACCGGGCGGCGCUGCCGGAGGAGCAGUACGAGCGGUACCGGGCGCAGCACGGCGUCAUGGGGCGCAUCUGCCGGCACUUGGAGGCCGAGCGGCCCGAGGACAGCGACGGGGACAGGCGGGCGCGCUUCGAGGCCGUGCUGGAGCUGAUGCAGCAGCUGCAGGAGCUGGGGCACCCCCCCAAGGAGCUGGCUGGAGAGGCGCCCCCCGGCCUCAACCUGGACCUGGAGGGGCUGACUCUGCCCGAGGCCACCGGCGAGCAGUGCCACGUGAUGUGACGGCGAUGUCCCCUCCCCGCUGCCGAGCGUCGAGGCCAGCCCCCGGCUCGUUAAUUAGGGUCAUUAACGCGUGCCCCGACGCGGACGAUGAAGGACGGGUGCGUGGCCGCGGAGCAGUGCUGGGUGCGGUGACCCCGAUGUCCCCAUGGGGGUGGGACGUCACUUUGAGGGCAGGAGGAGUCGGGUGCCGGGCUGGGGGGGACGCUCCUGUCCCCAACCCCACAGCGCUGUCCCCAACCCCACAGCGCUGUCCCCAACCCUACAGCGCUGUCCCCAAGCAGGGGGACGCCCCGCUGGUGGUGGGCGGCCGCCACGGCCCCAAUAAAGGUGAUGGCAACCGCU